AUGGAUCUAUCAGUAAGUUUUCUUGUCGAAUUUAACAGUUUUUUCCGUCUAGGCUUACUAUGAAGAAGAAGAUCGUCUCGCCAGUCGUCUAACAGCACAAAAAGUCCGCGAAAUCUCAGAGAAACUGCUUCAAGGAAUCAGAGAAUGUCUUCAACAAAGACCCAGAGAUGUAAAGAAAGCCCAGUGCUUUGCGCUACAGCUUCGACAGCUGAAUAGACAUUCAAAUUAUAGAUUGAAGAAGUUGAAGGACAAGUUGAAUGAAGUCAGAACUGAUGCGGAACAGUCGGCCUUAGCUCAAAACAAUCUUUCCAGUGAGAUCUCACAUAUCAAAAGGAGUAUUGCGGCUUGUUUGGACUUUCAGUAGGGCUUUAAUUUAUUAUCUCUCCUUUAGGUACCAAUUGAAUAUUAUUCAUUCGUUUUCAGGUCACUUGAUCAGGAAUUGGAUUUGGUAUCAUUAGAAGAAUUCAAACAGAAGGCUCCAGAGGUUAUGGAAAUCACAGAAGAGAUAUUACAAGACGAACACAAACUAUAUUUGGCUCGGUUGAACUAUGAGAUUCAUCAAAGGAAUGCGUAAGUUUCCUUAGGUACCUAAAACAAUAUUAGAAUUGUUUGAGGCUUGAUUCUUGUUUUUAGGAUGGUGGAGUCACUUCAAGAACUGGAAGGUCUUCGUAAUGUCCUGGCAAGUGACAUAAGUGGGAAGGAACAUAGAUUAAAACAAGUGGAUCCAAUUGUGGCCAGGCUUCAAGAUACGACCAAAGAGUUACUCGAAUUGCUUGGAGUUCCAUAA